AUGUCCAUCAAAGUGCAGAAGUUCACUCACCGCACCUCCAGCAGUGCCGUGCCCCGCUCCACAGGCUUCAGCAGCUUCUCGUACAGCGGAGCCCCGGCCGGGGCCAGAGCCAGCCAGGCGUCCUUCUCUCUGGGCUCCAGCUAUGGCGGGGGGUCCCGCUUCGGUAGCGGCUACAGGAUGGCCUAUGGGGGAGCCGGGCUGGGGGCAGGUGUGGGCUCUGGCGGGGGGAUCACCUCCGUCAGUGUCAACCAGAGCCUGCUGGCCCCCCUCAACCUGGAGAUCGACCCCAACAUCCAACAGGUCCGCACCCAGGAGAAGGAGCAGAUCAAGACCCUCAACAACAAGUUCGCCUCCUUCAUUGACAAGGUGCGCUUCUUAGAACAACAGAACAAGAUGCUGGAAACAAAGUGGAGCCUUCUUCAGAACCAGAAAACAACCCGCAGUAACAUCGAUGGCAUGUUUGAGGCCUACAUCAACAACCUGCGCCGCCAGCUUGACACUUUGGGCCAGGAGAAGCUGCGUCUGGAAUCUGAGCUUGGAAACAUGCAGGGUUUGGUGGAGGACUUCAAGAACAAAUAUGAAGAUGAAAUAAACAAGCGUACUGAAAUGGAGAAUGAGUUUGUCCUGCUGAAGAAGGAUGUGGAUGAGGCUUACAUGAACAAAGUGCAAUUGGAGGCAAAACUGGAAAGUCUGACAGAUGAGAUUAACUUCCUGCGUCAUCUUUAUGAGGAGGAGCUUCGUGAGCUGCAGUCCCAGAUUUCUGACACUUCGGUUGUCCUGUCUAUGGAUAACAACCGAAACCUGGAUCUGGACAGCAUCAUUACAGAAGUGAAAGCUCAGUAUGAAGAGAUUGCCAAUAAGAGCCGUGCUGAGGUUGAGGGCAUGUACCAGCUGAAGUACCAAGAACUUCAGGCAUCAGCUGGACGUCACGGUGAUGACCUCAAGAACACAAAGACUGAAAUCAGUGAACUCAACCGUUACAUCACACGGCUGCAAUCUGAGAUUGAUGCCCUUAAAGCACAGCGUGCAAACCUUGAAGUACAGAUUGCAGAGGCUGAGGAGCGUGGGGAACUGGCACUGAAAGAUGCCCGCAGCAAGCUGUCUGAGUUGGAGGCAGCACUACAGAAGGCCAAGCAGGACAUGGCUCGCCAACUGAGAGAAUACCAGGAACUGAUGAAUGUCAAACUGGCUCUGGACAUUGAAAUUGCCACCUACAGAAAAAACUGCUGGAAGGAGAGGAGAGCAGACUGGAAUCUGGUAUUCAGAACCUUAGUAUUCAGACCAAGACCACUGGUUACUCAGGAGUUAGCAGUGGCUACAGUGGUGGAGGACUACAAAGUGGAUACGGUGGUGGAUAUGGUAGUACAAUAGGUGGUGGAUUGGGGGGCAGUUAUGCAUAUACCAGCAGCGUCAAUGCCUCCCCCCUGGAAACAUCCAGAACUAAACGAAGCAUUGUAGUGAAGACAGUUGAGACCAAAGAUGGAAGAGUUCUGUCCGAGUCCUCAGACAUCUUCUCAAAAUGA